GUCACAUUUUUCAGCGCAUGAUGGUCCGUCGACCAUUUUCUUACGUGUUUUGACCACAUCUAAACAUAGAUUUGAGUAAUUGUUUAAAUAUUGAUUUUUUUGAGUUCGCGUGUGUUGACUCAGGGUUGUUUAUAACUUGGGGCCUUUAACUAUUUUGGGAGCGACCAAAUGCUUCGCUCGUAUUUAAAUCAUUACAUUCAGACGUUGUGCAAGUGCAAGACUGGGCCCAAUAAAUAGACACGAUUUUCGUAUAAGCGGCACUCCAGUAUUUACUUAUAAUCUAGUCUAAAAAGUUUCUAUAUUCUUUGUACUUAUAUAAUCUGUGAUACAUUUGGAUUUGUGCAAUUUAUCGGCCAAAGAUAUAUUAUGUUAAACUAAUUGGUUAUGGAAACCAAUAUGGCGUUACCCCCACAGCAGUUUUGCGUGAGGUGGAACUCCUAUCAUACUAAUUUACAGUCAGUAUUCCCUCGUCUUCUCCUCACGGAGCAGUUCGCCGAUGUGACGUUGGCCUGUGAGUCUCGGCAGUUGAGAUGUCACAAGUUGGUCCUCUCCGCCUGUUCGGCCUAUUUAGAGAGAUUGCUGCUUCAGAAUCCUUGCAAGCAUCCCAUCGUGCUGAUGAGGGAUAUGAGGUUCAGUGAAAUGCAAGCGCUAGUGGAUUUCAUGUAUAAAGGAGAAGUAAACGUAACUCAAGAGGAACUCCCCAGCCUACUGAAGUCCGCUGAAGCGCUGCAGAUCAGAGGCCUAUGUUCGAGUGAGCCCGGUUCGCUCUCAGAAGUUAAGACCGAGAAUAAGGACUAUUCGGUGGCGAGUGAGGCCUUGGUUGCGCACGCGCAGCGAGAAAAUACUAACGGCCAACAACAGCAAAAGAUAACAACGAACGGACAGAAGAAGCGUAAAUCAGAAGACAGGGAAAGGGGUUCCGAAGUGAAAGAGGAGACGGUAGAAGAGGAUGGACUUUACUACGGCGAGUUGGACCAGGAUCACAUGGAGUAUCAGGAGGAAGAGGAAACUAGCAAACCCGGAAGUAGCUUAGGACAAACUUCGGCUCGUAAACCCUACUUACGCGUGAAGCCCGAGAGCGAAUUGUUUUUUCAAACAAAGUUACAAAAUUUAGCCAACUCCCAAUACAUAAGUAAACUAUCAAAAAUGACCCCGACGGAAAUCCAAAACGAAUUUUCUAAAUAUGGUAUCACCAAUGUGAGUGACGAUUUCGUCCAGAAAACCUUAGAAAACGACUACUACAAGUCCUGGUUGGAACAAAACGGCGAAUUAGAAGUGUCCCUCUUAAAAGCUAACCAAAUAACAAAGAAAAACGAGGCGAAAAACCAAAAAUCUGAGGUCGAACUUAUUCCCCGACCGAAGGAUGCCACUAAAGAAGUCUACCCAAAAAUUGGGGAAAAGACGAUCAGGCGUCGCGGUCGUCCACCGAUUUUUAAGGACAAAAACGUUGACAUCGGCGACACUGUGUUGAAAGCGGAUUUGGACCAAUUUCUGGAGGGAAAAGAAGUUAGUUCCUCGGGGCUUUCGAGGAAGGACUUGGAAAGGGUCAUGAUGGGAAAGUUCAAUCCUAACAGACGAUAUUCUAACGAAGCUAUGUGGGCAGCCCUCAUGGAUGUCAAGAAGGGAGGGAGUAUUUACAGAGCUGCUCAAACACACAAAGUGCCGAGAAAAUCACUGCGCAAUUGGAUGAAGAGAUGCCACAUUAAAUCCUCGUUCCCGAUGCCGCAACAGCUGAAACAGUUCGUGGAGAACAGUAAGAAACAACGCGAAUUCAAAACUGACAAUGUCGAACCACAAAACUUGGAGAACGAAGAGGCCAAUUAUGAUCCUGAAAUCGAUUUCGGAAAGCAUUUUUUGUCGUUUACAACACAUAUGUCGAGCGAGGACGAGAACGGUAGAACGCUCGAGGAUUCUACCAAAAAUGAGGGCAACUCUGCUCUCAAUAUGUCAAUGCAUGAAUAACUUAUAUAUUUAAUAUUAUGACAGGGUUAUUUUGUGUGUUAGUCUCGUUUACGUUUUGUAUUCAUCAAAAUUAUUAUUUUUUAUGAUUUCUAUAUAUUUUGCAAUUAUCGUUUGUUUUUGAAAUAACCCUGUGUGAACAUUGCUAUAAUUUAUCGUGCAUAAUAGUGUUAGGUUCAUCCGCGCCAAACAACUAUCUUUUCCGGUACAUUUGAUACUGGUUUAAGUGAAAACAACAUUCAGGUGUCUCUGAAAAAAAAAGUAUUUUUAAUAUAACACGCAGUUGUGUAAAAAUAUAACACAUAUUUUUAUUGUGUCCGAGAACCUUGUGCCCUAGCACCAAACGUAUGGGAAACUUGGGAUUUGACAGACUGUUCGUCCAAAGAACUGCCUUAUAUUAUGCCAAAUUGAAUUUUAAAUUACCAAAGUUAAUCACCAUAUAAUAAAUAUUUAAAAUAUUAACAUUUAUGCCAAAAAAUUAAAAACACAUAUUUGUUGUGUGGUGUGAAAAUGGCUGCCAAAGAUAUUAACGGCUUGCUGAUUUAAAAAAUAUAUUUAUUUGUUUCAAUUAAUUAUUUUUUUAAAUCCAAAGAAAGACCUCUAAAAUGAUAUGCUAUGCAUAAAAAUAUUUAAAUUGGUUUUACUUUAUAAUAAGAUUUUAUUUAAUAUUAUAAAUUAAUAGGGAAUUUAAAUUAUUAUUUUUAAUAAAUACUUGCAGUAUAUAGAUUGAACUAAUUUGUUUCUCGUAAUAUACUGUUCAAUUAAUGUUUAAUGUGCAAUAAUAACCUUGAAUGUUGCCAGUAAAUUCUACCAUUUUGGUAGUCCCGGCAUUUUAUUUUAGUUGUUAUAUAGUAAUAGUAAAUGUAAUGUAGUGGGAUAACAUUGAAACGUUAAAGUUAGAUACCAAAAUGUUCAUUGAUAAUAGUUUUGAAAUAAUUUAAAAUAUGUUUUAUUUUCCUCUAAAACAGUUAUUGUAUUGAUGUUAUCAAAUAAGCCACGUUAUCUCUAUUGAAUACCGCCGAUUAUUUUUGGUUUUCAAAUAUAAUAAAAGCAUUUUUCACAACAAAAAAUAUAUUUGUAUACGAUUCGAUCUACGUAACAUAAAUUAGGACUGAUAAUUCUGCUCUUCUGACAAAUUAAUGAUUUAUAGUGCUGGCUGUAGUUUCUUUAAUAGAGAUAGUAAAAGGCGUUCAUAGUAUAUAAGUAAAUAUUUGGCCUUAACCUCGUGCUUGUCUGGACAUUGUCCGUUAUAAAAGACUUAAAAUUUUAUUAUCUUAGUGUUUUAUCCAAAUACACAAAAGUCAAUCUAAUUAGGCGCUGCUUAAAAUUUUCUACACUUUUAAGUAAAUCCUAUAUUUGAAUGGCAUUUGAGUGUUCGGGGAUUAAUGCAGCAGCUCUAAAGUUUUUAAUAUUUAUUAUCAUAUAGAAGUAUUAUGUGUUUUAGAUUUAAAUGAGAUACAGUUUGCCAUCUCUCAGAGAUGCCAAAAGCCCUUUGAACUAGUGUUAUUACUGAAGACGUACUUAACGUGGUACCUUUAUAAACUUUAAAAGUAUGUUUAAACGAACUGAGUAUACGGCUGCUGUGGCUUUGUAAUCUUUCUUCUACUUUAUAUCUAUUUUAUAUAACUUGUUAAACAGGCAUAAAUGAAAACAUUGUUUUGUGUUGCUUAGGCGUUAACGUUACGACGGUUUAAGUAGUAAACGAGCAAUUUUUAUAACAUUAAAUAAUUUGAACGAAUAACCCUAGUAGAUAUAUUAUAAUUCAAAGUUUUAAAAUAUUAUAAAAGCCUAAACUUCGUUCCUAUAUUAUUUUAGCUCGCAUGUACUAAAAUAUUCUACUACCAAAAAUGUAUGUCUGAUCUAUUCUCAAAAGGAAAUAUUGAACUCGAAGUGUCCUUUGUUCGUAAUAAUGAGGGUACCUUUGGAAUUUAAUUCAGAGGUUGGAUGCCUUUCUUUACUUUCUAUGGGCGUAUUCUACUAAAUAUUGAAGCGUAUGUGUUCAGUAGUGUUUUUAAUUGGAAUUUAUGGUUAAAGUGUUGCCAGUAACUAAUAUUUAGUAGAAAAUUGUGCCCGUAAUCCAUGAAGUGCCUAUUUAGUAUAUAUAACAUAUACAUAACUUUAGUACGUAAGUAUAAUUAUUGUAGAUAGUUUAUAUACCAAUAUGUACUUAUUGCCUUAAGAUUUUACGGUUUUAUUUGACUAUUUCAUAGGAAAUUUUUUGCACUAAGUAUGAAAAUAAUAUAAAAAUUAAAUCAUUAUCAAGUUAUGUUAUUGCUUCUAAACGUUUGUUCACAGUAUUAAUUUUGUCUUAUAUUCACGUUAUAUUAUGUACUUAGUAGAAUAAUUGAGUUUUAUCAUGCAUAAAAUUAAUUAUAGUAAAUGUAUUAUCAAUUUAUAAAAUUAUACGUUUUCAUUUAUCCGGUUUCUCUAAUAAUACGAAAUCCAAGAAGGGUAUUAAAGGAAACAGUACUACGGUCCUGCUUCCAUUAUUUUUGUUAUCAGGGAGAUAGAAGUAAUCGCUACGGUGUGAUAAGUCACAAUAAGAUGGCAAGUAUUAUUCAUUUAUUUCGCGUUUAACUUUUUUAGGGGGUUUUUGUAUACUAUACAUUUAAUGUAUGUUAGAAACCGGAUUUUUCAAAGAAAGUUGACGAGUCUGCUAUAUAACUCCGCCCGAAAAUAAUAAUGUAUGUUAUAUGUCAAUAAAUAUUUAUAUGUAUGCAACAUACUUUUUUAUUU